AUACUUGUUGUUCGACGGCUAUGAAGAAUGGCCGGACAACCUGGCGCAUGCGCAAAAGCAGCGCAGUUACUAAAAUUACCGUUCCCACCAAAUCAACUUCCGAGAAGGAGAGCGACGCUGGACAAUGAUGGCAGGAGAAAAAGGGGCAGGCCAGGAAAAGGGUUUUAAGCUGUUGGGGAUUCUGGAUGUCCAGAGGACACCGUGUGCCAGAGACGCCAUCCUGCAUGGAGCUGGAGGCUCAGUAGCUGCUGGCAUGCUUUUCUUUCUUUCCACCAGUCGAGUGAGGCGCUCCUUUGACGUCGGCUUUGCGGGCUUCAUGCUCACCACUCUCGGGUUUUGGUUUUACUGCAGAAUGAACAACGCUAAGCUACGGGUGCAGCAGAGGGUCAUACAGGAGGGCAUCCGGAACAAGGUUGUUUAUGAGGGAACGUCUCUAGACCCAACUAACAGACCCAGAGCAGACACUCCAUCUGGCCCCUCGUGACGCCCAGCGGUUCGUCUCCAUAGCAGACAGAAUCAAAGCGACACAGACUGCGGCCUCUGUGGAAAGGUUUUAUUUCUGUUGGCUUGGAAGUCUCUCUAAAGUUUCUGCUACUGGGGGAAGUGGUCUGUUAAAGCAGAAGUUUUCAAAAAAUUUUCCAAUACAAACGGGAAGCUGCUCUUGAAGCUUAAACUGAGAAAUCUUUUUUUUUUUUUUUUUUUUUAUCAACUCCAAUAACGUAUUUAUCUAAGAUGUCAAUUUCUGGAACAGUUAAUAAAAAAGUUAAAAAUCA